UUUGACGUGUGGAAGACAAAUGAGCUUCUCUCAAGGACAAGACUGGAGCGUGGCUGGAUGGGACAAAGGCCGGAGUGGCGGCCGCAUCGGCAACGAGUCGAAGGAAGCAGCCCUCAACCGUGCGCGUCGCUCUGGUAACGUUGUCACCGAGCUCAAGCACGGUGGCGUCGCCAAUAAAUCUGCACACGUUGCCACUGGCAACAUGCGCAAGCUGGACGAAGACACGGAGAACUUCAAGCACGAAACUGUAGACCGCAGCUUGUCGCAAGCACUGCAGAAGGCUCGCAUGGACAAAGGCAUGACCCAGAAGGCGUUGGCGACUGCGAUCAACGAAAAGCCGCAAGUGAUUGGUGACUACGAAUCUGGUCGUGCGAUCCCGAACGGUCAAAUCAUCGUCAAGAUCGAGCGGGCGUUAGGUUGCCGGCUGCCCCGCGCUCCCAAGAAGCGUCCAACGGCGUCAGAAUAAUCUGAAUAAUUAUCGACAUAGAUUUUCAAUGUGUGGAGGAUGAAACCGCCACCAACG